UCCCUUUUGAGUAAAACAUUUUAACACACGUACCUCUAACGUCUCCUGAAAAGCGAGAAAAUCACCAUGAAGGGACUUGUGUUCGCUGUCUCCGUGGCUCUUGCCUGCUGUGUCACUACAUGCACAGCGCUGACGUGCCCUACGUGCACACUGGCGGACACCCGGGCGGCGUGCAUGCAGGCGUCUCUGGUCACCUGCAACCAAACCAACCCCUACUGUUACACCAUCCAGAGCAAGACUUCGCUCACCGGAGAGAAAUGGGUGAGCCGCUGCGGCACGAAGUCGAUGUGUGACGCGGGUAAGAUAACCAACCGCGUUGCGUGCAAGCCCACGGAGACCACCUCUAACUGCAUCUACUGCUGCAACACCGACGGCUGCGUGGGACAGCCCGGAUCCGGAGCGUCAGCCGCCGUCAGCAUCAGCGUCAUCACCAUGGCAACCGCCGUCAUGGCCGUCCUCCUGAAGAACGCCGCGGGCUUCUAGCCGUGCGUUGCCAUGACGACGAGUGACGUCA